GCCCUUUUUCGGAUUAUUGUGAUAGUUAUAAAUUCGAUAUCAUGGACGAGUACGGGUUCAACAUAAUCAUUCGACCAGAAUGGAACGCUAAGAUGGCCAAGGGAUAUGAGAGUCCGGCCUACCCCGUGCCCUACGUCGUAGUCUACUACAACACAGAGACUGAGAAAUGUACCAAUCGAGAGGAGUGUUCUAAGAUCAUUAAUGAACUGCAGGCUUUCCACCAAAAACUGGGCCUGUCAGACAUACACUUCAAUUUCCUGAUUGGCGGUGAUGGGAUGGUGUACGAAGGCCGAGGAUGGUUUCGUAAACCUUCAAAGUGCGUCCGAAACCAUGACUUUGACGAUCAGAACCUCGCAAUAGCGUACGUUGGAGACUGGAACAGAAUGCCUGUCCCGGAUAUAAUGAAAACCUCGCUAGUGAGACUUGUGAGGCUUGGAACACACAGAACAUUGAUAGCUGAGAACCACCAAGUUAUUGUUGAGAUGGACGGGAUUCCUCUGAUAGGAGGAUAUAAGAGAACCAAGGGGUUCAGGAGGAAGCACAGGGGAGGAUACGGUUUAGGGUUUGGCUUGACGUACAAUGCCAAAGAGGCCAAGUUUGGGAGGGUACUUAAAUGACAAAGCUGUUUUGUUAGUUUUAGUUAUUUAUGAACACAAACAACUGUUAGUUUACCUCAAUCUUAGUGGUUUUAGGUGCAAACUUUAAUUAAGAUACAGUACAAAGGACUGCUCGUCUGUUAUAUGUGGCUCCAAAUGUAUGUGAAUACUCCUACCUAGAUACUUACUAAGUAGGCUUAUGUGUUGUUACACCAUAAUUAAUUGUGAACGAUUAUCUUGUAUUGCAAUGUAUAUUCACAUUAAAGUUCAGUAAAUAUAAAGUGGAAUUGAUUUAACAACCGUGACGUACUAGUAUACACUUAAUUUGUAUCCAGGGUUUUUGAUAAAAUCUAAUAAAUAAAAUUACUUAGGAUUAUUAAACAAAUUUAAUCAAUUUUGAUGUAUUUAAUUUUGAUUGAGGUUUUAUUUUAAAAUAUCCUAUAAGUUUGUACAUUUUCUAUCAGU